AUGUCCGCAGUUGUAACUAUUCGCCAAACAACAGCUACAACAAUGAAUACAAAUAAUAAUAACAAUAAUACUACUACUAAUAAGAAUAGUAAUGAUAAUCAUAAUAAUAACAACUCACAAACAACUGUACGUUCAUAUGGAAUUACACAACCAAUAUCGACAAAAACUCCUGAUCCAUCAGAUAUAACAGCAACAAAAAGUCUUGAAGAUACAUUACGUUCAUAUGAUUAUUUUGAAUCGAGCGAAGAAUUAUCACAUCGUGUACAAGUAAUGGCUAAACUAAAUGUACUUGUACGAGAAUGGAUACGUAAUGUUUCAUUAUCAAAAAAUGUACCACCAGAAAUUACUGAUAGUGUUGGUGGUCGUGUACAUACAUUUGGUUCAUAUCGACUUGGCGUUCAUUCAAAAGGUGGUGAUAUUGAUACACUUCUUAUUGCCCCACGUCAUAUUGAUCGUACAGAUUUCUUUACAACAUUUGCUGAACACCUUCGUCGACAACCAGAAGUUCGUGAUCUACGUGCCAUUGAAGAAGCAUACGUACCUGUUAUUAAAUUAACAUUUGAUGGUAUUGAAUUAGAUAUGUUAUUUGCUCGCUUGGCAUUACCAACUAUUCCAGAUAAUCUUGAUUUAAAAGAUGAUAAAAUUUUACACAAUUUAGAUCAUCGUUGUGCACGUAGUCUAAAUGGUUGUCGUGUUACAGAUGAACUACUUGAUUUAGUACCUAAUCGUGAAACAUUCAAAUCAACAUUGCGAGCAAUCAAAUUAUGGGCAAAAAAGAAUGGUCUCUAUAGUAAUGCAUUAGGCUUUUUCGGUGGAGUUACCUGGUCGAUGCUUGUUGCACGUAUAUGUCAAUUAUAUCCAAAUGCUGUUGCAGCAACAUUAGUACAUAAAUUUUUUCGGGUGUAUUCUGAUUGGGAGUGGCCAACACCUGUUUUACUUAAACCCGUAAAUGAUUGUCGUUAUGGAUUUCCAGUUUGGGAUCCAAUGACAAAUCCAUCCGAUCGUUAUCAUUUAAUGCCAAUCAUAACACCAGCUUAUCCACAACAAAAUUCAACACACAAUGUAACACAAUCGACACAAAAAUUAAUUGUAAAAGAAAUAAAACGUGGCUUAGAAAUUGUUAAUGAUGUGAUGACAUCAAAAUCAGAAUGGAAGCAAUUAUUUAUUGGCACACCAUUUUUUCAACGUUAUAAACAUUAUAUUAUAUUAUUAUUAUCAGCAUCUGAUCAAAAUCAAUUUCUUGAAUGGAGUGGCUUAGUUGAAGCAAAAAUUCGUAUAUUAAUUGGGAAUCUUGAAAGAAAUUCAUAUAUUGAUAUAGCACAUGUUAGUUCGGACAAAUACACACCAGAUGAAUGCGUUGUUGAUCAAUUGCAACAAACAACUAAAACAUCGACAGAAACUGAGAGUGUAAAUCGAACCAAUGGAAAUAAAAGUCCAGAAUCGUUAUCGACAAAUUCAACACAACAAUCUUCACCUCCAUCGAAUACGCCAACUACUGCAUCUACAUUCAGUGGAAUGUGGGUAGUAGGUCUUCAAUUUAAAAAUGUUAAUAAAGUUCAACUUGAUUUAACCGAAGAGAUUCGUUUAUUUACAAAUGUUGUCUAUAAAGCUGCUGCUAACAGUAAUAUGAAUCGGGAGAACCUCAAUCUUGACGCACGUUAUAUGCGUCGUCGUGAUUUACAUACUGUUUUACCAAAACAUGCUGUAUUAACAGCAGCCAGUAGUCCUCGAUUAUCAAAAGCAAUGUCGCUUGACGAUAAACUUGAUUCAAAAUCGAGCACACAAUUGAAACUACCAAGAUUAAAUUCAACUUCAUCUGAUUCGGUUGUUAUUGUUGAUUCAGAUUUGGAACCAAAAAUAAAACGACAAAAACUUGAAGAUGCUAAUGAAUCAUCUACAAAAACAUUAGAACCCACUCUUGGUUCGCUUUAA